GGGGGGGGCAGGGCCUUAAAGGGACCGUGCCGGGUCAGGUCGGGCCGGGUGUGAGCCGAUGGAGCCGGGCAGCGGGACGGAGCCGGGUAGCGGCGGCAAUAGCAGCGACAGCAGCUGGUUCCUGUACUACGCGUACGGCAGCAACCUGCUGCGGGAGCGGCUGCUGCUGAGCAACCCCUCGGCCGUGCUGUGCGCCCUGGCGCGCUUGCAGGAUUUUAAGCUCGAGUUUGGCCACCAUCAAGGCAAGACAAAUUCUGUCUGGCAUGGAGGUACAGCUACCAUUGCUCAGAGCCCUGGAGACGAAGUAUGGGGAAUUGUGUGGAAAAUGAGCACUAGCAAUUUAAGUUCAUUGGAUAAGCAAGAGGGUGUUGAAGCUGGCAUUUAUGUCCCCAUAGAAGUUAAUGUCCACACUCAAACAGGACAGGUGCUGACCUGUCGAAGCUAUCAGAUGGAGGACUAUGUCUGUGGCCCCCCUUCCCCUCAGUAUAAAAAGGUUAUCUGCAUGGGUGCAAAACAGAAUGGCUUGCCAACUGACUAUCGAAAUAAAUUAGAAGCUAUUGAAACUAAUAACUAUGCAGGGCCAGUGCCAAUCAUGGAGAAGAUUGAAGCUGCUAUGAAAGCAAAGAAAAUAAGUUCUGCAUAGAAUACCUCUGCAUUUGCUUGCCUGUUCACCUUGAUUUAGAUACAUCUCCUCACCAUGCUGAUCAUCAGUUUCUCUAUUUAUCAAGAAAAGAUGAGUUUGCUGUGUAUCUACAGUAAACCAUUAGACAUAAUUUGCAGUCUGAAGAUAUACUGACAUUGGUAAUUUCUUCAUUUUGCAUGUGUAGCUUCAGUACAUGAUGAAUUUUCUGCAGAUUUGGAAAUUACCUUUUUGCAAUUGUCAUGCAGUGCUGCAUGCAAAUGUGUGCUUCAUGUCCCUUCUUUUAUACUUUUUUUAAAAGAAGACCAUCUUCCUGGGUAUUGGUAUCUGUUGCCUUCUGAUGAAAAAGGGCUGCAGGAUCAGACCCUUUGUUUUUAAAUAUUGUAUAAACAAUUAUCAAGAAGUUCAAAGAUCUGUUACAGUGCAAAGUAGACUCAAAACUCUAAAUCAAGACUCAACUUUUUUUUUCUACUGCCUCUCUUAAAAUCGUUUAAAGCCCAACUUAUCUGAAGCUAUGGAGUUCCUGUUUAUGUAGUUGGUAAAGAAGGUAGUGUAAGACUAUUUUUUUUAAUUCUUGCCAUGUUUUUAAGUGUUUAAACCCAAAGGCAACCAGGGCCUGAAGGGCAUUUACAAAGCGUCUCAUUCAAAGUAUAAUGACCUCCUCCUUUCUGUGUCCAGUAAUCAUCACAGGUGAACCAGUUAGAUAUAGCCAACAGAUUUUAAAGAAUUAAUUUUAGAUAAUUCUAAGGUUUUUAAAACUUUUUAACUGGUUUGUUGCUUAUCUAGGCCUUGGUCUUAUGUCCAGUGAGAUCAGGAAGUCUCCUGUGAAGUCCAAGUGCGUUUGCUUUGUGGUUUGGUUUGGUUUUUGUCUAUUAAACCGCAGGUGAAUAAACUCUGCCUCCCAGCUUUGACAGUCUCCUGCAACACUGAAAUAUUGUGUAUCAUUUAGAAUAUUUAUCUUUAUGGUACUUGGCAACCCCCUUAGGUAGUCUGUGGGAGAAAAGGAGAGUUUGUCUACCUGGAAGAUGUCAAACAAGAAAACUUUGGCUUAUCUUCCCUAGGGUGUAUAUUUUUUGACUCUUGGUGAACAGAGGGGUGCAAAAGAUGAUUGCUGUCACUGUGUGAAUGCUUAGGUAGACAAAUGAUGAAGUAACAUACUUGUCUUCUCUCUAUAACAUUUAUUUGUAAACUUCUGACAGGCUAUAGGUGCUGUCCUGGUGCCAUACAUUCAUUACCAGAGCUGGGCACUGUGACUGCAGUCUAUUAGCACUGUCUAGUAUGAAACUGAGUAAAUAAAACGGUGAUUACCAAA